UUAGUAUGAUGAAAGAUUUUCAAGAAAAUUUUGAAUGUUUUUUUGAAGUUGCUACUUGUGGCGAUAUAAUUUCAAUUUACAGAGGGAGGCCUAUUUGGGCAAAUUAUCAUCCAGAUAAACUUGUACUUCCAGCGGAGAUUCUUUUUAAUAAUGUCCCUUCGGCUAGGGGAGCCGUUCUUCAUUAUAUAGCUAAAUUGGUUCAUGAAACUGUCCAUUUAUAUUUUUCUGAAAAGGAGCGGAAAGAAGGAACUGGGAAAGGCAUUGAUUACACCAAUUUGGAAACUUCAGUUAAACAAUUAAUUUCAACUUUAAAUUCAUUUAAAGGAGAAAUCAAAACAAAAACAACUUCUUCUUUCCCUCUUUUAUUGCUUCAAUGGCUUUUUGAAUUAUGUGCAGAUUUAAGUCAUCAAAAUCACAACAGACCGUAUUUCAAUCUUCAAAGGCCUUUGCCUAGUGUUUUGCUUAAAGCGUUUCAACAAAUGCCUUGUAUUGUUGAUUUACUUUCGCUGAUGGAGAAUAUUUUUACUGAAAUGUUUGUUUUUUAA